AUGAGGUUAUGAAUUGAAAAAUGUUCUUUAUUCUUUUGACAUAAGAUAACAGAUACAAAGGUUUAUGUUUUCUAUUUUUGUUUGAUUCAUACAAUUACAAAAAGCAAUAUGUCAAAAAAACGAGAAUUUACGCGAGAGGAAAUUGCCAAACAGUUUGAGUUACCCGAACGUAAAUCAAAAAUUGCUACACUUCUUAAACAAGAUGGUCAAGCUUAUUGUAUUUGUCGGUCAUCGGAUAGUUCCCGUUUUAUGAUAGGCUGUGAUGCAUGCGAAGAAUGGUAUCAUGGUGAUUGUAUUAAUAUCACCGAGAAAGAAGCAAAAUUUAUCAAACAAUAUUUUUGUGUACGAUGUAAAGAAGAAGAUCCUACGUUACAAACUUUGUAUAAGCCAGUUACUGUUCCCAAACCUCCUGGUUCCGAAGAUAGGCGAAUUAAAAAACGUAAGGACAAAGAAGUUAAAUCAAAUUUUAAAAGAUGUGGACAAUGUAUGGGCUGCUAUCGAACAGAUGAUUGUGGAAGAUGUGAUGCUUGUAAAGAUAUGCGAAAAUAUGGGGGAUCAAAUCGGCUUAAGUUACGAUGUAAACAUCGAACUUGUAUCAAUUCGUUACAAGGGAUGUCACCGGUGAAACGACGUAGAAAAGAUUCUGGGGACCAAGGACCACCUGCGCCACAUCCACAUUUACAAACAAUAGAGCCGCGGCAGUGCUAUGGUCCUCGUUGUAUAAAAACCGCUCGGUGGGGUUCAAAAUAUUGUAGUGACGAAUGUGGGAUGACUUUAGCAACAAAUCGUAUAUAUCAAGUUUUGCCUCAACGUAUCCAAGAAUGGGCUUUAAGUCCAUGUGAAGCUGAGACACGUAAUCGUCAAAAUUUAGAAAAAGUACGAGCACAACAAAUUGAAGUACGGCGCAUACUUGAAGAGUUGGAUAAACGAAUCUCAGAACUUGAUCGUCUCAUCCAACGUGCAAAAAUGGUUACAAUUGAUCCAAAAGCUGAAAAUGAUUUAGCAAAUGAUGAUAGUGAUUUAUCAAUGUAUUGUAUCACCUGUGGACAUGAAAUUCAUAAUCGAACUGCUAUUAAACAUAUGGAGAAGUGUUUUAAUAAAUAUGAAGCUCAGGCUUCAUUUGGAUCUGUCUUUAAAACACGUAUCGAAGGAAAUGUAUUGUUUUGUGAUUUUUAUAAUCCAAUAAAUCGUACAUACUGUAAACGUUUACGCGUUUUAUGUCCAGAACAUUGUAAAGAGCCUAAAGCGCCUGAUAACGAAGUUUGUGGAUGUCCGCUUGUUACUAAUGGAUUUGAUUUAACAGGACAAUUUUGUCGAUUACCAAAAAAAAUUUGUGUGAAACACUAUGCUUGGGAAAAAUUACGUCGUGCCGAAAUUGAUAUGGAAAGAGUACGUCAAUGGUUGAAAAUUGAUGAACUUAUUGAACAAGAAAGACAGUUGCGACAGAGUAUGGCAUCUAGAGCUGGUGUACUGGCACUUAUGUUGCACUCAACUUACAAUCACGAGGUUAUGGAACAAUUAACAGCUGCUCAAGAUAAAGAAGCCAUUCAAAGAGAAUUGGCGAAACGUUUACGGAAAGCUAAACGAUCUUCUUAAGCAUUUUUUUUUUUCAUAGUCAAGGUUUCUUUUGUAUAUUUAAG